AUGCGAUCGAAACCUAACCGAAACAAAGCCGAUGCGAUACUUCGCAGAAAGAGUGCCACCGGUUCGAAAGUUAACCCGUUCGAAACUCUGGUUUCAAAAUCAAAACACGCCGUGCUCAACCGUGGCAUACAAUCCAAGAAUCCGGGGAAGCUCCAACAAAUAUCGCUCGAGAAACGUGAUCAAACUCUCCGUAAGGAGUUCGAAUUGCGCCACAAAACAAAUCAAUUUCUCGAUGCCCGUAUCAAAAGCAAAUAUGCUCGUCAGCAAUCAAAGAAGGCAGAAACGAGCGAAAUGUAUAACCUCAACCUAACCCACGUCGGACAAACGCUGAACGAGAUAGAAAAUUUCGACGACGUACCCGACGGUGCUGACGAUGAUGAUGAGGAUGGCGUGCUACAAGAUUCAUUUACUAGUGCUACUCAUUUUGGCGGUGGUACCAACGAUGAGGACACCAGAAUAGAUCGUAAAACGGUCAUCGCAAAUCUGAUCGCAGAGAGCAUAAAGCAGAAGGAGCAGCGGCAACGCGAACAGGACGAGUUGUACGAGAUGCGGCUGAAGCUGGACGAUGAUUUGAAGAAUCUGAUGCCUCAGUUUAGUCAGCACAUCCGCCGGGACGAUGAGCGCAUGAAACCGGACGACUACGAUCGUACAAUGCGCGAGAUGAUAUUCGAGAAAAGAGGCGCUCCAACAGAGAAGCUUAAAUCCGUCGAUCCAUCGGUGGAGGCGCAGAAAAAACGGGAAGAGCUUGAGCGAGAAAAGCAGGAACGAAUGAAACAAACGGCUGUUAAAACGAGUCGACCAAUAUCGGCUGAUGCGCUUUCCGAUGACUACUUUAAUGAAGGAGACGAAAGUAACCACGAAGAGGAAGAUGAAACGAAUGACGAUACAUACGGUGAUAACCGCCCAGCAGCGGAUGAAGCUGAUAGUGGUGAGGAGGAUGAGGACGAAGACACGGAUGACGAGUCUGGCAGUGAUGUGGAUAGCUUGUCAGAUCUCAAAGCUGCACUUCAACAGAGCGAUGAGGAUGAAGAACCGGAACCAGAGCUGGAACCUGUACCACAAGUUAAACCGACGGUUAAACCAUCGAAAAAUCCACCCACACCAAAUAAACCGAUCGUUGUCAAUUUCGUCCCCAAAAUAGUGGACGUACCGCGAGAAUACGAACAGUUCGCGGCGAUGCUUGCAGAGCAGAGCCUUGACGAACGGAUAGCCUUGAUUGGUAGCAUGGUUCACACGUUAAAGCAAAAGAGCUUUCUGAACAAAUCGCGCUGGUCGGUACUGUUCGCGUAUACGCUGAACUACGUAGGGGAUCUCUUUUCCCACGUGAACGCGACCACGGUAGAGCAGGAAUUUAAAACGCUUCAUUUGCUGAUCCCACUGCUACACGAUAUGGCACAAGCUGAUCAGGUUGGAAUCGGGACGGUGUUCCUGGACGUGGUGGAGGAAAAAUACACUGAGUUUAAGGAACACCCUCGGCGUUAUCCUUCUCUCGCGACGCUGAUGCUGCUGAAGCUAGUACCAUUACUCUUUUCUUCGUCGGAUCGAAAGCACACAAUUGUUACGCCGGUUAUGGUGUUUAUUGGGGAAAUGCUAACACGCUGCCAAGUGCGCAACCGUCGGGAUAUCACUCGUGGCUUGCUCCUUGUUACGACAGCACUGGAAUGCGUGGAACAAUCGCAACGCAUUCUACCAACGGCUUUAGCCUACUUGACUGCAGUUUUACAACAAGCCUGUCCACGUGAUAUAUCCCGACCAGUCGAAAACGUGGUGCAGCCGUUUAAAGUCACUUCUUGUCUGCAAACCUCAAAAUCGCAAGACACAACUAGCGCUACCGAAGAGCUGCAGCUGACAGCACAGGAUGUACUGCUUGUGGAGAUUACGGAUUCGUUUAAAAUACGAGCAAUUGCGUGCGCAGUGUCGCUGAUCGGGGCCGUUUGUAAGCAACUUGAAAAGAGCCCCGCAAACUCAAUCAUUACCAGGCACUUCCUGCGUCCACUUGGUGCCCUAAAAACGUCCAUGUUUCCUGCUUCCCUGCAGCAGCUUGUCCAGCAAACGACACAAACGUUAACCGAGCUCUCACAGCCACCGCUGGCGUAUCUCGUAAAGGCGGAACGGAAACCGAAACCGCUCCGUUUGAUGGAGCCAAAGGUAGAAACGGUGUACGAGGACAUCUGGCGCCGACCUAAAACAGCGGUACCGCUGCGCGAACAGCGCCGGAAGCUGCAAAAGAAGGUAAAGAAGCUAGCACGUGGUGCGGCCCGUGAGAUCCGGCUGGAUAACGAGUAUCUUGCCAAGCUGCAGCACAAGCGGCGCAUGGAGAGCGAUCGUGAACGCAAGGAGAAGGUUCGGAAGAUCUUUAGCCAUGCUACUGCGCAACAGGGCGAACUGAAAUCGCUCGAUCGACGGGCGAAACAUCGUAAAUAGAUGCUCACGCUAAGAUGGUCAGAUAUGAUAAAUGUAUUCGAGCUAUUUCGCAACCGA